GUCUGGUCUUCGUCGAUCGAGGCCAGACAUGUUUUUGUGUAUGUGCGACGCGUGUACCGUAUCCUCAUUAAUGCGUACCACUGCACUGGCUAUGUGAAUGGUGCAUCGACUGUAUUGUUCGGGUGUUUACAUUUAAGUACUGCAUACAUUUAUUGUUGCCGGUUUCGAUUGGUUUCAGGUUAAACUGUGCGUUUCAAGAUGGACGAGGAAGUUGACUGGGAACUUCUGACGUGAGUGAGGCGCCUCUUCGGUAUUUUUCUAGGGUGUGGAGCCUUGGAUGGGGAAGUGGAUGGGAUCCACAUGUAUUUGAUGCACCACUGGUAAUUGGGGUAAACACUUCACCUACCAAUCGUAGCACUAAACGACCCGGGACUGCAAAUACUUGAGGUGCUCUCCAGGCAUCCAAGGUUCAGGGCAGGAGAAACACUGAUCGCAUAGCUCAGCCUGCUUGUGGAGUGUUGCACAGAAACCCUCUACACAGGGAACCCCACCUUGUGGGUGUGCAUGCUGCGACUGCGGUCCCUUAAGAUCCCCCACAUUAAUUGUCCUUCUGACAGUACACGAGUCUGCUGCUUCAUAGGAACUGCUGAGUGGAUGGGUUACCAGGUGACGCAACUGGCCAUUCAGGUUACAUGUAGAUUCCUAGUUUACUUUUGACUGAUUGGAAUCGUACACUGUCUGGAAGAUCAGUUCAGCUGCAACCCCGCUUGAAGGCAAGAGAUGGGUGCCCUCUGGACCAGGUACAGCGCCAGUCCAGUUUGGGAGAGAAGUGCCCCGCACUGGAAAGAGUUUGCAAGCAUUCGGGACCUUCAGGAUUAGAAAAAGAUGUCUGGUGCUCUGUCUGACAAGAAGUCCUCGUCGAUGGACGGGGGACAGGAAGAGGAUGAGGAUAAGCAAAAGACAAUACAACCCAAGAAGAAAGUCAAGAAGAAGAGAACGCCCGUCGGAAUCAACGUGACCCUUACCAAAUACGAAGUGGUCCGUUCAGUGGCUUUGAAAUUUGGUGUACACUCAACCAAGGAAGAUGAUCAAAAUUGCUUCCUGUUCUGGAGUGACACAGCGCCACCGUCGGAGCAGAUCUCCCAGCUCAAGUCCUACCAACGAAUCAACCACUUCCCGGGGAUGGGGGAGAUCUGCCGUAAGGACUCGCUGGCGAGGAACAUGGCCAAAAUGGUACGAGCACAUCCCGACGAGUACAACUUUGUCCCAAGAACCUGGAUCUUCCCCUCCGAGUACAACUCCUUCCAGAACUAUUUCCAGGAUCUCAAGAAGAGGAAGAAGCAUCGGACUUUCAUCGUAAAGCCAGCGAAUGGAUCCAUGGGAAAUGGGAUUUCGCUGUACCGGAACGGAGAACGCAUCCCUCCUACAGAGAUGACUAUCGUUCAGGAAUAUCUAGACAAGCCGUUCUUAUUGGAAGGUUACAAAUUUGACUUGAGGGUCUACGUCCUCAUCUUGUCAUGCGACCCACUCCGAAUAUUUCUCUUCAACGACGGACUGGUACGAAUGAGCACAGAGAAAUACUGCAACCCAAAUGACAGCAACGUGGAUCAACUGUACAUGCACCUGACCAAUUACUCCAUCAACAAGAAAAGUGGAAACUUUGAGCGAAGCGAGGAUGUCAAUACAGGCAGUAAACGCUCCAUCAAAUUCUUGAAUGAGUACCUGCGGAAAAACGAUUACGACGUGACCCUCAUGUGGAAAAAGAUCGCUGACGUGAUCAUCAAGACGAUGAUCGUUGCCGAGCCCCACGUCCUUCAUUCCUAUCGCAUGUGUCGCCCCGGUCAGUCUUCGGGCGGCGAUAGUUGCUGCUUUGAGAUUCUUGGCUUUGACAUCAUGCUGGACCGCAAGCUCAAACCAUGGCUGAUUGAGAUUAACCGAGCGCCCAGUUUUGGCACGGACGAGAAGAUAGACUUUGACAUCAAGAAUGGCGUCCUGACCGAUACGUUCCGACUCUUGAACAUGAAGCAGUCGGACAAGAGGAAAGGUCUAGCUGCCCAGAAAGCUGAGGCCCAGAAACGGCUCUUCAGACCGGCCAAGAGACCUGGCGUUGAAGUCUCAGAAGAGGACAAGCAGAAGGCGGCCGUGGAGAAACGGAAGCAGGAAUUGAGGGAGAAGCUGGCGCAGGUGCGGCGAGACGGUGCCCGGGAGGACAACGAGAACCGCAACAUGGGCGCCUUCCGCCGCAUCUACCCACCCCUGGACAAGCUCAGCCAGGACAGGUACUACACGCUGCUGACCGACGCCUUCCAGCUCUUUCUGUCCGGCCGGGCAGCCGCCCUGCAGCGGGACGCCCUCAAUACCUACAAUACCAGUCUCAGGGAAGAGGAAAUCUUAGACAUGCUACAGCAGUGUGAUACCUCAGCAGGAGCUCUGGGAAUGGCAACCAGAGGUCCAAAGCCUCUGUCCAGUAUGCCAAGCAGUGCCGACCAAGUAGUGGAGGACGAGGAAGAGGAGUACGAUGAGAGCACGUCCUGCGAGCUCUCUCUAGCCGACUCCACCCACGAGUCUCUGAGCAGCACCAACUCCGCCCACAGCGGCCAGCACCCGCCCCCACGGCCCUCCCGUUCCCUCAGCCGGGCCACCCAGGCCUCGCCCACGCUCAAGCAGCGGCCACGCCCCCAGUCAGCCAAGGGGCUCCGGUCCCGGCCCCGGCCCCCGUCAGCCGUGAAGACGCCGUCGGGUGCAAGGUCGCAUUCCCUGACGAGACCCAUGUCGUCCGUCAAUCGUAAGCUGUCCGGAAUGAGUCUCAGCCAAGCAAUGGAUGAGGCACUGGCCACGGCGGCAGCUAAAGAGAGAGAGGAGGAAAUUACAAAGAGAACUCUAAAUGCCCUCAACGACAUGAGGAUCAAGUUCCCUGGCAAGACCGACGAGGAGGCCGAAUGGAUCUUGUCACAGAUUCAGGAAAAUUGGAAAUUCCACAAGCCACGGAUAGCAUCCUAUUGGCUGGUCAAGUUGGACUCCAUCAAGCGACGCAAGGUCAUCGACAUUGUCCGGACCAAUGUCCGAGCCCUCCUCCAACGAACAUGGCAUGCCAAUGACGUCGACAACCUUCGACUGUUUCGCAUCUUUGCCCGCGUCUUCAACAGACUUUUAUGGAGCCACGGCCAAGGGUUGUGGAACUGCUUUUCAAGUACAGGGAAUUCGUGGGAGAUGAUUUUCAGCAAGAGCUCUGACGUCAUUUCUAGCUCCGAGAUGAGCUGCUGCCGUCGGAUCGUCCAACUCUGCCAGGACUGCCUCCUGAUUGUCUACCAGUUUGCUGCCGAGGCCAAAGGUCAAGGGGCACCAGUUGCUAUGGGUGAUGGGCCAGUGCAGAGGCCAAUCCAACCGAGACCGUCUAGCCUCAGGAGGAGUACUGGGACAUGGAACAAAGCUGGCAGUCCAACCGUCAUGACGCCCAUCAGCCAACGCAUGUCGCGCCUCUACCCCAGCAUGUCCGUGGACAACUUAUGAGGAGGGAAAGUCGGUGAUUCCUCGAGAGGAGGCUAAGGAUGGUGACGCCUUGGGAGCAGACUAUGACUGCUGGUAUUCUGUCAUGUCAGGAGAAGGCAUUGUGAUGACGGGAACCAGGGAGAGAUGACAUUAGCAGUUUAACAUUCGGAAAAUUGUGGAUGCAUGUAACUGCUUCCGGAUGUCUUAAACAAACAGUUGUGGAAAUGGGGAAAGGUCUUUUGAAGGUGCAACCAUGGCCAGACACUGAGUAUAAGAGGAGAAACUGUUCUUAACAGUGCUUGUAUUUUUGAAGACACCUUUUGUAAGUAAAGGAAAGUUAAGAGUGAUAAACAGGGUGCAAACUUAGGAAACUUUUUAAGUCAUACACAAUACCACUUUGGUAUUUUUUUUCUAAUGAAAGACUUUCUAGGUUUAGUUUUUAGCAGCUGUAUGAAAUGUAGAUGUUGGAAACAGAAGCACAGUUACUGACCAACUUACAAGGUAUUAUGGCCAAAUAUCAUGGAGCUGCUCGACAGGAUAGCAUUGCUUAGCAGUUUUUUGUGCCAAGCAAAAAUGAACGAAGAGCCAGUCUGAAGUAAUACGCUUUGCAUAGCGCUUUGGCUGGUCACCCAUCUUUGCUAAGUGUAUAUUUUUCGUGCUUAGCAGCUGUGUGGAUUUGACCAUUGCUUGAAAGGCUAACAAUCACAGUCUUCAUUGAGUUACCUGAACCAUUGGUUUUGAGCACCAAAUCAGGGGUUUCAUUUAGACCAAAGCACGUCAGCAAUAAUUUCAUUAUGUUGUAAAUUGACCAAUCUGAAAAUGUCUCCUUUUUGGGAGGGGUUGAUAGCCAGGGUUAGAAAAACUUCUCCAACAAGUAAUGGUCGUUUCACCAAGAUUUGUGUUUCAAUUCUUGUUCCUGAAAACAUUCAAUUGAACCAUUCUUCAAAGAGUUGGGAAAGUCCAGACCUUGCUGCAAAAUUUGACUGUUGCUUCAUGAACUGUAUCAGCUAAACCCCCCUGAGCUGUAGCAGGUCAGAUGUCCAGUUUAAGUCGUCUCAGCUGCUUUUAGAUUUUAAGUGUGUGCAUACAGUGUGCACUUUCACGAAAAGGUACCACUUUGAAAGAGCAUUGGAUUUUCAGGACAGCAUAUACAGAACUACAGUGGAGCCACACCUAUAUGUCUUUUCUGAAGAAAUAGCUUGACUCUUGGCUGAAGUCAGUUGGUAAAUUGCAUUGAAAUUAUUUCGGGAAGGAGAAGAGAAUAUUACAACUUUACAUUUCAUCGGAACAUUUGCAAAUUUUUGUCCAAUUUGAAAUUUGACUCAGUGAUGCUUUAAUCGUGUGUAUUGCUGUUCAGUGGAACAGCUUGUCUGGUCUUGGGCAAAAGAUGUUCAGUUCAGAGAAGAUGUAACCCUGAACUUUCAUGGCAUGCAUAAUGACACAUCUUUUAAUUUGUGUGUGAUGGUUUAAAAUUUGAUUUUAUAUUUUACAAUGUGAUUAAAGAUUUAUCAUCAUUAUUGUAACUUGGUCGUCUUUCAUGUACAAAUGAAUAUAGAGAUGAAUGGUAUUUUUUUAAUCAUUUCAAAGGAUAAAAAUUAAGGUUUAGAAUUAAACUGCAAAUUUAGCCGUGUGUUUACUUUCAGGUAAUGGAAAUUUAAUCGCUAACUGGGUGAACUUAAGUUUAAGUUGUAACUUAAUCAUAAAAGUCACAUUUUCUACAAACUGGAAAUGACGACCUGUAAUUUAAUAAACUAUUUUGUUUUGUAUAGUUAAUUGCUUUUCCUUGCUGAAAGGAUUUCUCAUUGAAAUGGGGAAUUUCUGGAAAUUAUGAGUUCACUAUUUAAAUAAGUUGUAUAAAGUAAACAUUUGAACAAAGCCUUGAACAUAGCAUUGCAGAACAAUACAUUGAAUGAUAGAAGUAUUGUUUCCAGGCUUAGAAACUAAAAUGAGUCCCACUUGCACCUUUCCCUGAAAUUAUGAUUUCACUGUUUUGGUUAAAUCGGUAUUUCACUUUGAUUUACUUAUUACAUAAAUUGGAUACACUAACAAAAUCCACAGAAUAUUAAAAUACAAUGAGUUUGUUUGGCCAUACGCUUAGAGCUCCUCAGAAGAGGAGCAAGUCUGCUCCACACCAGUCAGAACUAAUGUAUACCCCACAGAAAUGUGGCUGGUAUCCUGUUGUUGCUAAGCAGAUAUUUUGUGUCAUUACUGAUGAAAGAAAUUCUAAGCAGUUUUGUGAAAUUGGUCAGUUUAGCUGUAAUACUAGAUUAACUUAUUGAGCACUUUGUAUUUUGUUAACCUACUCCAACUUCGAGUUUAUAGUUGUUGGUAAGUAUUUGUAAAUAAUGUUUGAAAACCUCUGCACAAGCUCAAAUACUCAUUUUCCAAAAAAAAUAACAGAUUUUUAUUCUGUCUACUUUCUAAUAAUUUAACAAUGCCAGUUUUGAAGAACCUAUUUUGAAAAUUGAACAGUUUUACGGCGUAUUGUUGGCUAUACAGUUGGCUAUACAAUACAUGCAAUUUUUUAAAAUGAGACCAGACAUUUUACAAUCAGUUAUACAUGUAUUUUUAUGCCAUAGAGUGGCACAAUUUUUUUAUCUUGAGGUCUUCAUAAUGGGACCCUUUCAUUUACAUUUUGAAAAGCUUUAAUGGUUGCAUUAAAUAUUUUUCAGACAUUUA